GUUUUUCAGGUUUAACAGAAGCUCGUGUUGCCUUCAUCAUGGACGUUUUGACAGCAGCAGCAUUUAAAGAAACCUCUCAAUUUAUAUGGGAGUUCAAAUGUUGCUCAUGUUAUGGGAAAAUUAGCAAAAUACGUAACUAUAAAUUACUUUCAAGUCGGUUGGCUAGCUUGGCACGGAAGCUUAUAAUCUAGACGUAUGUACUACAUGUUUUUAAAUUGUAAAUGGUACGGUAAGGCUUUGAGUGACAUAUGCAUAAUCUUCAUAAACAACUGCCUUGGAUACAAUGUUUAAAGGCUGGUUUCCCAAGUAUUCUACUUUAAGCGUAAACAUCUUGUCCUAUAAAAAUCUAUUCAAAAUAUAUUGUUUAAUGUUCUACAUAAUUCCAUUCUCAUGAAAAACAUGAAAAUGGUCUCGGGGUCCAGAGUUGAGGUUGAGUGGCUUUCUAUUCUGCUAAUGUCCAAACCAUAUCACAAUUUCCAUGAGUGCAAAAGAGAGGUGCAACCGUUAAUACUAGAACAUACAUCUGAACAGACUGUUUUAGAAUGUGUAACAAUCAUUUAGUUGAACGUUUUUCAGAUUUUAAUGUUUUUAUUCCAGUGACUUCUCUUCAGUCAACUUCAAAUUGAAUACGUCCAAAUACAUCAAAAUGUGCUUUUAUUACGUUUUAUUAUUUUGCCAAAGCAACAAAUACUGAUAGCAGCUGUUAAAUCCAAUGAGGCAGAUAAACGAGUCUUUACGGUAUGUCACUGGUGCAGCCUCAUCAUUUGUCCGAAACCAGACCACUAACCCGCCAAGACAACAGUAGCUAAUUUCAUUAUUUCAGUUAUUGUAAUCAUACGCGUAAACGCCAGUGCGUUAGUUGCAAUGUCUUUUGAAGUGUAUUUUCGUUCUCGUGUUGCUUCCAUUAUGGAAACUUUAACAGCAACAGCCUUGCAAGAUAUCUGUCAACUUAUGGAAGAAACCUGUGCUGCUCUUCGAGUGGAAAUGAAGCAUGAACAUAUCCAAAGUACUUCGAGGAUAAAGACGAAGUUGCAUGUGAAGGAGAAUAACACGGAGACGGAGAAGCCAGCGAACUGCACGGAGAACAUUCAAAAGCCGGGUUUGAGAAACUUCCCAGUCGUUGAGCAAAUUCUCAAUCAACAAGAGGCCAAUGGUCUCUGGCUAGAAGGCGAUCCUUCAGAGGAAAACGAAGUUCCACGGUCACUAGUACCAGAGCGAGAAGAGCCAUCACAACCUUUUGCUCAGACAAGAGACCAGGAGAUCGAGACAUGGCAAGCACCUCUGGUCAUCAAACAGGAGGAAAUGGAUGAAAAUGAUGUGGAGUUUCAAGGUUAUGGCGAAUGGAUGCCAGGGACAUAUGGGGCUAACCAGAAUAACCCUGGAGAAAGUGACGAGCCGGAUAAAAGUCAGUCCUUUGGGGGAUCUGGCAAACUUAAAGACUUGAAAAGACAGCAUAGUCCAUGCCGCGGGUCAACUGGGGAUGCCGUGGCACCAAAAAGGAAGUCACAUUCAAGUUACACUUGUGAAAUAUGUGGAAAAAUUGAGACCCAAAAACGUAAACUGGCAAGUCACAUGAUAACACACACAGGGAUGCCGUAUGGCUGCGAUGUCUGUGGUGAGAAAUUCAUGUUACUGAAGUUCUUGAUAAGGCACAAGCAAUCAAAACACACAGUGAAAACCUACAAAUGUUCCUUGUGCGAGAAAACCUUUCUGAAAGCCGGGUCUCGCAACAAUCAUGAACGAAGUCACUCUGAAAAAAACUACCGGUGCUCAGACUGUGGUGAGACAUUCAAGGAACGCGGGGAUCGCGAUGCGCACAAGUGCAUCGUUUUCACAGGAAAACAACUGUUCAGCUGCUCGGAGUGCAGUGAGAACUUUGACAGGCAGUACCAUCUCAAACGACACCAGAUGGACAAACACCCUUUUAUGGUGCACCAGGCUCACAACCCAGAACCCAAGUCAAAGGACAUUCAGGACCAACAGGCCAAACAGCAGAGUGUCGGGGAGACAAUUGAAAAGCCCUACAGUUGCUCUGUGUGCCCUAUGGUGUUUGUGUAUCGUAAAUCACGUGAAAACCACGAGCGCAAACAUAUCCAACAAGACUACUGUUGUUCAGACUGUGGCAAGACGUUCAAGGAGCUCCAACAGCGUAAAGCACACAAGUGCAAGGGAGAGCAAUCCUUCAGGUGCUCUGUGUGUGGCAAGGACUUUGAAAAGCAGUACAUUCUCAAACGACACCAGCUGGAAAAACACCCUCCAAGGGUGGACCAGACUGUCGGCCCAGAACUUGACUCAAAGGACUUUCAGGACCAACAGGGCAAACAGCAGAGUGUCGGGGAGAAAAUCGAAAAGCCCUACAGUUGUUCUGUGUGCCCUAUGGUGUUUGUGUAUCGUAAAUCGCGUGACACCCAUGAACGCAAACACAUUGGAGAAGACUACUGUUGUUCAGACUGCGGCAAGACGUUCAAGGAGUGGCAGGAACGCAAUGCGCACGAGUGCAUUGUUUACAAGGGGGAGCAGUCAUUCAGGUGCUCUGUUUGUGGCAAGGACUUUGAAAGGCAGUAUCUUUUGAAACGACACCAGCUGGAAAAACCCUCUAAUGGUGGACCAGACUGUCAGCCCAGAACUUGACUCAACUGACUGUUGGUCCUCAAAUUCCUUUUGAGGCAGUGGAGAGUUCUGAAACUCCUACGUGAACCGGUAUAAGUGUAAUCGCCUGCAGGAAUAUGGGGGCAUGACUAUUGGACAUGUUAUUUAACUCUGAAACCCCCCUUUGGCAUACUUCAAUGCAGACACAAAAUGGGGCCAUCUCUUCAAAUGCUUAGCCGUACAGUGCAGCAAGGACUUCAGUACCACCUUAAAGCAUCGUCUAAUGGUGGAAUUCAUGUCAUAUUUGCAGCGACCUAAUGUGCAGAUUUGAGCACCCAAGUUGGACAAGGGCAAUGUUAUAGAACUGGCAGUUGUGCAGACUUUGUUUUUGUUAGUUUGUUUUUAAAGCUGGUGUUGUAUUGUAUUGCAUUGGUCACAUUGCACUUAGCUUUUUCAAGUCAAUAAAAUAUACUAGAAUGAAACUAGACAACACAUUUGAAAAGUAAUGCAGCAAGAAUUUAAUUUCUGUUAAUUUGACUCAUGAAUAAAGUCAGUCAAUGUGAUAUUGUUACAUUUGAAUAAAACCUUUGUACAUGCAACAUUUUGA